CUUCAAGUUGAAAAUAGUCAUAUGUCUUGUUUCGGAAAUGUCAAAAGGUCAUUCAGGCACAACGGCGGGCACGGCUAGACUAUCAUUCCGUACGCAUGUGUGUCCCACCUAUUUUAUCCGGCUCGACUAUUGGGGACGAGAUAUAAAAUGGUAUAAACAUCGCUCCGGGCAUUGAGAGAGCUAUAUAAACAAAUUUCGUAUUCUCUUCACAUUUCUUCUACAAUAAGAACUUCGACAAUGCCAAUAUCCGAUCUUACCCUUGAUAUAUCCAAGUUUAAGAAAGAGAACAUCCCACUAAAUACUCAAGCUAUCAACACAUACCUUCUCAACGUAGGUUCAAAAAAACCUGGAGAGCCAAAAUGGUGGGAGAUCGGCGCGCAGGCAUAUCGAGAUCUUCAAGAUGGAGGAAAGACUGGAUGGCCGGCACCAACGUAUAGAUCACCUCAUGGCAAUGACAUUGCGAUUCCUUCCAUGGAGCCUGGUCGCCCCAUUAAGUGUCGUCUUGUACUUCCCGAGAAUAAGAAGCCGGAAGGGGUAUUUCUCUACUUUCAUGGAGGUGGGCAUGUCCUGGGACAUUGUGAUUGGUUCGAUGAUCUUCUGGAUAUCAUUGCCAAGGAUACGAAACUUGCUGUCAUCUCACCAGAGUAUCGACUCGCCCCUGAGAAUCCGUUCCCAGCUGGAUCCGAAGACGUCUACGAUGUAGCUGAACAUAUAGUUGAUCACGCGGAGCAAGAGUAUGGCGGUCCACUCAAGUUCGUUGGAGGCGAAUCAGCUGGCGCUACUCUCACUGCGCUGACAGUACUCCAUCUUCUCGAACACAAGCCCGACUUUGCACUGUCUGCUGCUAUCAUGAUUUACGGGCUGUACGACUGGUCUUUGUUGCCAAGUGCUCGGACAUGGACCAACCCGCUUGUCAUGAGUUCAGAAAACGUGAAGCGUUUUGGUGAUGCUCAUCUGAGUGGCAGGACACCAGAACAACGACGAAAUCCUUCCAUUUCACCUAUCUAUCAUCCCUUUCUCCAGAUUCCGGGCUCACAGAUGGUGAAGAACGGAGAGACGAAGAAGGAAGUGAAGUUGCCUCCCGCUCUGUUUCUGUCGGGCACGCAAGAUGCGACCUUGGAUGAUACAGUGUUGAUGAGUUUCCAAUGGCAGCUUGCAGAUGGCGAAGCAACAGUGAAAUUUGUGGAAGGGGCUCCUCAUGCGUUCAUGUUGUUUGGUGCGGAGAGAUGUGAGAUGACGGGCACAGGGCAUGCUAUAUUAACAGCUUUUCUGAAGGAGAAGUUGUGAUAUAAAAUACAACGAACUUAGCCCUCUUUGGUUCUCAAUGGAGGAAUUUUUAGAUACAAC